AUGGCGGACGCAGCAGCGCAGCUCUCAACUCGGUUGAGUCAAGAGCUGACCGUUCAAGAGGGUUCCGAAGUGCCGCUGCGGCUCAGCGAAGAACUGAUACAACAGAGCGUGCAACUGCAGCUUCUGCUGAGUCUCCUGCAACAAGGCUCCGGCGAAAACGAUGAGGAGAAAGAGGAGGAGUUGUUAAGGGUUACCGAAUUACAUCCCGCACUGCCAUCCUUGGCCGUUUUUCUGCUUGAAAAAGGCGCCAGGGAUGUUCUGAGGAAUGUAAUUCUGCAACUACCUCUAAAGCGUGUGGACCAGAAAAUGGCGGACGCCGUGUUGACGAGGCUGUCCGCCCGACUCAGCGAAAAGCUGGCUUCGAACAGGGAUUCCCACAAAAUGCCGCCUCGUCUUAGUGAAGAACUAAUGGCGCAGAGUAAGCAACUGCACCUCCGGCUUAAGGAGAAGAGCCGUAUCAUGGCAGCCGCGGACAUGAAGCUGAUAGAAGACCGGAGAAGAAGUGGACGCGAAUCCCCCACUACGCUUCCGAGGUCAUCAAUAAGGUCCAACGACACUACAGGCACAGCAGGAGCAGAAACUGAUGUUGAAGCAAAUACCCAAAUAGUUUUAGAGGAAGAACGGCAAGCGCGCGCCCUCUCAUCGCCGCCUGCGCUGUCACACCACUUGCGGCUUCCAGCG